GCGAAAAUGUGCUAUGGCUAAAAUAACACGUCGUGGUUAAUAAUAAGGUUAGAGAAUCAAUAACAGUUCUAUGUACAGAAGCUGCAUGUUAACCAUCACUGAAUAAACGGUCGAUCUGGACAGCGACCAGGUUUGAAAAGUCUCCAAUUCAACCAUGACUUCAAAAAAAGUUCCUGUAGCUGUACUCAAAGAUGUUGUGGCUUAUGUGGACGUGUGGUCCGCGAGUAAAACAGAGAAUUACUCUGAUCCCUUUAUUCAACAACUUCGAGAUAUGGGUGCACAAGUGUGUAAAACAUUCAACAAACAGGUCACCCAUGUAGUAUUUAAACAUGGUCAUCAAGCCACAUGGGAUAAAGCAAAGAAAAUAGGGGUGAAAAUCGUGUCUGUCCACUGGGUGGCCAGGUGCAAAGAAAAGUGCGAACACGCAGAUGAAGACCUUUACCCCGCACACAAUGAGGAGUCGCAGCUUAGUCGCUUGAAAAAGAGAACACAUCGGUGCAUGCAACCCAGGGACAUUCCUCAGUGCACCCCUAAGCGCUUGAAGAGGAAGCUGGACAAGAUGAUGGAAGAUCUAGUUCGUUCCUCUCCCAUAGUUACAGAUACAGAAACAUCUCCAUUCAUUAUUGAUGAGGAGAACGGGAUAGUGUACAGUCCCUCUUCUAGAAGGGCUGACACCAUGGCUCAGCGGCUCAGGGAAAUGAGAGCACAGCGUGAGAAUCUCUCUCCUACUGCUUCUCAAAUGCAGGGCUCACCAACAGAUGACUCUAUAAGGCCAUCUCUGGGGGGGACACCCACGGACUUGAACAUACUGCUACUGGAAGAAGAAGAGGCUUUAGAUUGUUUGUCACGCAGCAGCAUCUGUUCCAGCAACAAGAAAGUAGUGAAAGAAUGCCACAAAAAAAUAUCGCUUAAGAAGAAGACUGAUAGAUGUGUUGAGAAAUCACCUCCUGAUUUAGAUACGGGAAUGAGGUUCAGCUCCUCAGGUGUUGAAGAAACAGUUAAAGUCUUACCACCACAAAAUAAAAGGCGGAGCAAAUCUUGCUCAGGAGCACCAAAACAGGCUUCUAUAGAUUCUUAUGUAAAUACGGUAUCGUCAAAAAAAUCAGCUUCACCUCUUUUAACUGAGCCUAAAGCUGGAGCAACAGCAAAACCUACACAGUCAGUAGGCAAUAAAAAAAAAUCCUACAUCAGUUCCUCUCCAAGCAGUAUGGAAACUGGAGAAAACCAAAUUCCACGAAGCACAAAAGAAAUAAAGACCAACAGUGACUCGGGUGAUUUUGACAGUAAACGCUUGCCUACAUUUGCUUCACCAGUUUGUUCAGCUAAAAGCAAUGAGCCGAAUUUUCAGAAGGCGUAUUAUAAAAAAAAGCAAGUGGACAUAUCUGGUUCUGCUGGCAGUUUUGAUGCUCAUAACGAUAACGCAGAUGGCAGCGUGUUUGAGGACUACUUCACUUCAGAGAACGAUGCACCGAAGCGGAAGGUCCACUUAAUGCACUCGGUUUCUGAAUCGGACCGUUUGCCUUCUUUUGACCUGGAGCCUCUGAAGAAAAGUAGACGUAAAAGCCAAAUACAGGAAAACUGCAGUCAACACAGAAAAUCUAAAACCUUAAACGAGAGAGGUAUCAUGGAGGCAUCAGGCCCGCCGGAGGAAGAGUUGCCGGCUGUGUGUAUGGGGGCAUCUCUUCCAGUUCCUAAGGAGUCCAAGCUCGAGCAAGAGCCUGCUGCAAAGAAACAGAGGAGGAGAACCAGACAGAACUCGGUUACACUUUCAGAAAGCACACACAGUAAAAGCACUUCAGAUGGGCUCACUGACAGAUGUACUGAAUUGUGUAGCGACAUGAACACAAAACGGAUUGUGAAAAUGGAUAAGUACAUGAAGAAGAAUAGAACAUUAGUAAUGACUAGCAUGCCAACUGAGAAACAGCAGACGGUCAUACAGGUGGUCAACUCUCUGGGUGGAUUCACUGUGGUUGACGCUGUGUGUGAGAGCACGACGCACGUGGUGUCCGGGAGUCCGCGACGCACCCUCAAUAUCCUACUGGGCAUUGCACGAGGAUGCUGGAUUCUCUCCUUUGAAUGGAUCCUAUGGUGUCUGGAGCACCGUCAGUGGGUUCCAGAGGAGCCGUAUGAAUUAUCUGAUCACUUUCCUGCUGCACCGAUCUGCAGGUUGCAGCAGCAUCUUUCGGCCGGAGAGCAUCAGCAGGAUCUGUUUCGUGAGCAGCCGCUCAUGUUCGUGUCCUCACUAUCUCAGCCACCCUGUCACAGUCUCACAGAGCUCUUGCAGCUGUGCGGGGGCACCGUGUGCAGAAGUGUUCGCCAGGCUGGCAUCUGCAUCGGCAAAUACAACGGCAAAAGACCUGAAGGGACCAAGUGCCUAUCAGAACAGUGGGUUUUAGAUUGUGUGACUCAUCAUUUGCUGCUCCCGUAUGACAACUACAUUCUUGAGUAAAGAGAAGUGUGUGAUGGUGACAUUCUCCUGUGAAUAGAAUACUGUGAAUUUGUAACAUAUAACACAUGUACCAUAUGUAUGGUUGUAGGUUGUGUUAGUAUUUUCUGUAUAUUUUAUGUUUUUCCUCCUGUCUUUUAUUGUGUAUUAGAUACUGUUUAUUAAAACUCUUAAAUAAAAAUAAUGUGGCUCAUA